ACUGUUUCGUUUUUAGAAAAGAUCAUUUUUUUAAACGAUGUAUACGAAAUAGUUGCAGUCACAAUAUAAUAAAAGUGUCUAUGGUUGGCGUGUUUUUCUACCAUCAGAGCAAGGGAGUUGUCUAGCAUUUUUUAAAUUUAAUGUUAAACUUGGUUUGGUUUUCGUAUUUAAAAAUGUUAGUACUGUAGACCUAUGCCCUUUAGUGGCUGCUUUUCAGUUAACAAUAGUUUUACUGGUAGAGUAGAUUUUUUCAAAAAAAUCUGAAAAUGCAGCAACUUAAAGGUCCUAUUAGACCAAUGAAAUUAUUUACAGAGUGGGAUGUAGAAAAUGCAGCUCCAAAUUGUAUUCCAAGAUUAUGUUGCUUUCGUGUUGUUCAUUUGGAGGUCUUUCAAACAUUAGAAGUUGAUCUUAAUGCUCUUGUUUUAUGUGUUGCAAUGCGGGGGUCUCGUCGUAGUUUGCGGUCUGAUCAAAUACCGGUUCAAAAUUCUGGCACUGCAGAUGUUGAUUUAGAUCUUGUCUUUACAUUACAGUAUCCACAUUUUUUAAAGCGAAGGCAAAAUCUGUUGCAAAUAAUGCUUCAACGUCGGAAGAAAUAUAGAAAUCGUCCAAUACUUGGGUAUAAGACUUUAGCUGUAGGGUAUAUAAAUAUGGCACAGGUGUUGCAAGGUUGGUAUUCACCUAAGCUUAAUUUAUUUGCAAAAGAUGAAAAAUCUCCUGUUGCAGUAUUGACUAUUGGUUCACUUACCAGUGAACCUAUUGAUAGAGAUAUACAUGAAAGAAGAAAUACAAUAGAACACCCAAACUUGAGCUCUGAUGAUGAUUCUUAUAGUAGCGAUGUUGAGGAUAGUGCUGGAGAAAUGGAACAACUUUCUGGAUACACUCGGCAAGAUCUGCAAAGAAAGGUAAAUUCACACAAUCUGAAGCAGAGAAUAAUUAAAGUUCUUUUUAAAAAACUAAAAGUAACGGAUGAAGAUUUUGGUCAUGUCCAAAAAGAGUUACAACGAGAAAAUCUUAAGUUACAAGGUAAUGACUACCUCUUUGAUGACGAUGAUGAUGAAGAUGAAGAUGAUGAUAUUGAUGAUGAUGAUAUUGAUGAUGAUGAUGAUGAAGAAGAAGAAGACAAUGCAGAUUAUAUGGAUGAUGAGGAUAGACAAAAUUACUCAGCAUUUCUUGCUGAUACAAUGAGUAUUGGUUCUGUACAACGACCUGGAUUACGACCUUUUUUUGACCAAAAUAAAAGUUCAGCUUCUUUAAAUACUUCUACAUUAACAAAGGAAGAAACAAAACAACUCCAUAAAGAAAUUACACAAUCUUUUAUUGAGAACAGUGGAGAAGAUAGUAAAGAACCAUCUCCUAGCAGUGACUCAGAUCAAGGCCAGAAAAAAAACUCGAAAAGUAUAAAACAAAUGGUUGCUUUAUCAGGAAAGUCUGGAAAAGAUAAAAUUCGUAGACUGUCUUUAAAAGAUAAUCAAUCAGGCAACAAGCUUUCUGUUAAACAUAAAACUAGCGUUGAUCUUGAAAACUGUGUAAAAGAAGGACUAUCUGUUAUAAAUGAUCAAGUGAAUGCUGCCUUAGGGAGAGAUGAUAAUAUACCAGAUUACAUUUUGCUAAUUGGUUUAAAUGAUGAUCACGGACAGCGUACAGCAACAAAGAUGAUGUCUCGUAUAGGAUCAGUUAUUUUUACACCAUCAAAUGUUGAGGUUCAAUUCACCAUAGCUGCUGUUGUUAACAAGUUCCAAAAAUUUUGCAAUCGUCAUUCAGUAUCUCCUCCCUCCAUAAAAAUUGGUCUUCUGGGACCAGAAAGUUUUAUUUGUCUAGUAGUAACAAAUUUUGUGGAGCAGUUUUCGCAAAAACGUCAAGAAUACCAAAAUUACAUAAAGUUUCUCAUUAUUCCAACAGCAUCAUUCAAAAUUGCAACCUACAUCAGUCAAAUAGAUUCCAAGUAUAAGAUGUUAUUUAUGGAUUCUUUUUGGAAAAAAGUCUUUGAGCAUGAUUAUUUUUCAGAAUCUGAUUUUGCAGAAAUAGAGAGAAGAAUUCGACACUACCUGGAACAUUCUGAUAGCAUUCAUUCAAUACCUAUUGCUGAAGCUCUUAUUACAUAUAAAACUCCGAGUUCAGAAUCAUCGCAACUUUUUAUACCAUUUAUUAGUGAAGUUCGCAUUGGUACAUGUGACACAGAAAGUAAUAUUGAUGAAUGUUUAUCAUCUGGAGAAAAAAAAGAUUUGACAGCACCCAGUCCUCGGCAAGAAACUACAGAAUCAAGUCGGUUAAGUACUUUGCAGUAUCCGAUUAAUGAAACAUUAGAUCUUCUUGUUGAUUACUGGCCAAUUCAAUCAUCUGCUGCUAAUCAAUUACAAGGUAAAAAAGAGGAAAGAAAAGAAGCCAAUAAGCUGUCAAUUAAAAGUGCUUUCCGAACACUCUCAGUUUUACGCUUAUCUCCUGGUGAAUGCGAUGGUCUUUUAUUCUCUGCAAAUCUUAAAACAAGAAGCAAAGGAGUAAAACGCUUGAUGAAACCUAAGGAUAAAGAUGUUGAAGCCAAAUCUACUGUUUCUGCAUUAGUUAGUAAAAUUGUAUGUACAGCUCGCAGCAGCGGACAUACAUUUAAUGUUUUAAUAGAUGGUCAUGAAUGGACAGAUGUCAAGUUUUUCUCAUUAUCGUCACAGUGGCCAACUCAUAUAAAGAACUUUCCGCUUGGGAUGUUUCUCAACUACCAACUUCAUGAUGCAACAUGAUUAUUUUACAAGAUGAAUUGAAAUCUUUUAGCUUUUUCAAAAUUGCUUUUUUAAGUAAAACUACCCCUUUGUUUUGUAAAUAUAUUUUUUUUAAAUUUUUUUUGCCUAAAGAAAAAGUUUCACUUUUUUUUAUGCAAGUUAUUAAAAAGAAACUAGUUUUUAUUUGUCAUAUAUCUUCAGAGUAUUUACAAUCUUUAUUGUUAAUAUAAUUUAUAGUUUUUAAAGUUACGAUUUUAGUUUUUAAAAUCUUAAAGAAAGAAUUUAAUGA